UUGUUUCAGCUUCCCGGUCUGAUCGGGUUCUAUCCGGCGCGAACCAUCGACGACGGGUAGCCUGAAAAGCUGAAUCUCGCUGUGGAGAUGGUGCUGAGGGCUUUCCCAUUGUGCGCUCCCUGGCGCCCUCGAGCAAUUUUGGUUCAAUGCCUAAUCAAUCUUGUGCUUCGGAGGGUCUCUGCUCAGGACGCCAGCGGAGCGCCGGCGGUGAAGGACUUCUGCAGGUCGAUGCUCGGAUACGGGAGUUGGGAUUCUGACGUGGAACUGUUUAAAUUCUUUUGUUAAUCUCAAUAACGAGGAUAGGGCAAACGUCUUCUUCUUGCUUUGAACACAGUCUGCUGUGCAUGUGUUGCCCAACGUUUGGUUCAAUGUACCGUGCAAUGUGAGGGUUAUGAAUCCGUUCUGUGAUGAAAGCACGUUGGGCAGCAGUGACCUAUCAAUAAACAAGGGCAGCAGUGACCUUGCGGUGCUUCCACAUACUCAUCUCGUCAGCAACCCACAAUGAGCACACCAGCCGCCAUCGCUGGUGUGCUUCCUGCUACCAUCCAGCUGCUGUCCAGUAGCCAUCUCACGACUCUCUGGUCUUCGUAUGGACACAUUUAUCGUUUGAGCGUUCGAUUGGAGGCUUCUUCCACAUCCCCGCGAGUGUCACUUAUACUAAAAACGGUAAAUCCUCCCGCUGUUUCAGCUGCAGAUGAGUCCCAUCUUCGAAAACUCGUGUCCUACCGUGUUGAACGAUACUUCUACUCCAAGCUUUCCUCUGCCUUGUCUCCCCCUAACUCUGCGCGAGUUGCAAAACAUUACCCCGUGGCAGAGAGAGCCAGCAACGACAGCUUGCUUCUGGAGGAUUUGAACGUGGAGUUUCCUGUCUCACCUGGGAGCGGGCUAGGAUUGGAGCGGACGCGGAUAGUGUUGAAGUGGCUGGCAAAAUUCCACGCUACUUUCUGGGGUCUCCCUAACGAUCCCUCUGUGUCUCUCAUACCUCCUCCGUUCAAAGUCUCAAAUCCUUCGGAAGCGCAGGGAGCUUGGGCGCAGGGUGGUUACUGGUACCUUGACACUCGCCAAGAAGAAUAUUCUUGCAUUGGCAGUGAGUGGAAAGCUUACCUACCACAAUUUCAAGCUGCCGCCAAGAAACUCAAGACAGAAACAACUGGGAGAACUUUGAUCCACGGCGACUGCAAAGCCGCCAACAUUCUCUUUUCUGCAAACUCGUCCACAUGUGCGCUGUAUGAUUUUCAGUAUGUUGGUGGUGGACUAGGGGCACAGGACAUAGUCUACUUCAUAGGAACCAGUAUCGAUGGAUCUAUUCUUCGCAAGAAACCUGGAGCUGAGGAACUGUUGCAGUAUUACCACUCCGAACUGCAGCAAGCAUUGAAUGCACGGGGAUUGUCUGCAGAGGCGGACUCUUUCACUCUUCAGGUAUUGAAGGAACAGUUCGAUGUUGCCCUCGUGGACUGGAUGCGGUUCAUGGCUGGCUGGGGAAGGUGGGGAAAUGCUUCGUGGGUAGAAACAAAUGUUCGGCGGAUCCUCAGCAGAUGGACGGCGGUGGGCUGCCCCUAGCUUAGUGUACAUUGUGCAACGAUCCAUCUAGAGUUGUAUACAUCACUUGAAUCAAUUUACAAACCACUUUGCGAAAUACACAGAGCAAGCCUUGAUCGUUACAAAGAACGAGGCUUCUCACCACAUUUGCUUGCA